AUGUGCAAGUUUGGACCGGCGCUGUAUUUGUUUGGGAAGACUAUGGAUAGGUACCAGAGCUGGCAGCAGAGCUGUUUGGUUGCCGUCCUCCUUGUGCUGCUGGGGACCGGCAUUUCCCGUGCGCAGAGGGACUGCACGGGUGCGGAGUGCCAGCCCCUGGACAACUGCAUCGAGGACGUGCUGGAGCCUGGCGAGUGCUGUGCCACGUGUCUGCAGCACGGCUGCACGUGCGAAGGCUACCAGUACUAUGACUGCGUCAACGUGGGCUUUAUCAAUGGCAAAGUACCUGAAGGGCAGUCAUACUUUGUGGACUUCGGGAGCACCGAGUGCUCGUGCCCCAAGGGAGGGGGCAAGAUCAGCUGCCAGUUCAUGCUGUGCCCAGAGCUGCCCCCAAACUGCAUCGAUGCGGUGGUGCCAGCCGACGGGUGUCCUCAGUGUGGGAGAAUAGGUUGCCUCCAUGAGGGCCAGAAGUAUGUCGCGGGGCACACCUUCCACAUGCCCCCCUGCAAGGUUUGCCAUUGCCCGAACGCUGGCGGUGAGCUGAUGUGCUACCAGCUUCCGGACUGUAACACGUUCGCCUUAAACACUGCGAGUCCAAUCGAUGCUGAAGAUAGCGAACCAGAGAGGCACUACGACGAUCCGUACAGCUAUGACCAAGAGGCACCAGAAGGGGACAAUGCCCAGGUGGAGUCUCCAAAAAAAUACAGGAGUUAUUCGUCCCACCUAGAGCAAGAGAGCAUCAGCCAAGAGCAAAGUGAGGAUUAUGACUACCUGCCAGCCAGCAUCGCUCCUUCGGCUUUGGCUCUGGCUGACCCAUACACCGAGGAAACAGCUGCACCGCUCACCACACCAGUGCCUAAGGUGCCCUCUGAAGUUCGCAGUUCCACAGAAAGAAGCGAGCGAAAGAGGGUGCCUCGCACUACUGCAGCAUCCCUCCAGCAAGUGACGCAUAAGGAAGCACCAGUAACCACCAGUGCUCCUCCAGAGCACACAACGGCCACCACUGAGACACCCAAGCACCUGGAGGAGUUUGAGAGGAGACCAAAGGGGAAGCAAGGGGACAAAGAGCGGCAUGAGCAAGAAAGAGCCCCCCACUCUAAAAUGAAAAAGCAUGCCAGGAAAGAAGACCCGGGGAACAGCAUGUAUCUAGGCUUGAAAGAGGUGAAUUUAACAGAGGCGAGUUGGUCAAAGUCUUCCCAUGAAACACGCGAGGGAAAUGCUUUCCCCAAGGUAAAGUUCAGUGCAACAACCUCUCCUCCUGUUGCUCUAAAGGAAGACCGAAGUCAGUCAUCCCAAAAGCAGUCACAGACGCUUUAUCGUUACCAUCCCGAGGAAGAUGGGGACCCCAACUCUAUUCACGCUAUGCCCAGGUUACCAGAAGACAAUGCAGCUCUGAGGCUGCUGGUUUUCCGUUUGGCCUGUGGGGGUGCUGCAUGUCCUGGGGAGGAACACGUGCGUCUCCCCACAGCCGCUGGCCAGUGGGGCCUGGCUAGGCAGCCCCUGCCCUCCGUCCGCUCCACCAUUCCCAUUGGGAACAGCUGGUGGAAGCAGAUCUAUGGAGGCUGUGAAGGAGCUACAGAACCUUCUCCAAAAAUCAGGAAUCUCCCUUGGCAUGGCUAG